AUGGCAUCAGAAAACUGUGGCAAUUGUAACAAUAAACUUUCUAAAACCGGAGACUAUGCAUCGUGCUCAUCCUGUAGCAGAGGCUUCCACUUUGAAAGAUGCAGUGUGAAGAAGCAAACUUGGACAUCCAUGGGCGCUAAGCAGUCUACUUGGGUAUGUACUAUUUGUAGAAAGAAUAAAAAAGGUUCUACAUCCCAAAAUGAAGAUGAAGACGCACUUCCCCAAGCAAACCCGGAUGACGAUUUAGAGGUUAGUAGCCUAGGUGUUCAGAUGUCUAUCCUCGCCAAAGUAACGGCCCUCAUGGACAUGAAGGGAAAACUCGACAGUAUAGAGUCAUCUAUGAAGUUUCUCGCUGAAAAGUAUGACUCAUUGCUGGAUGAGGUCGUCGAACUUCGAGCUGAAAAUAAAGAGCUUAAAGCCGAAGUUAACACCCUUAAGUCAAAUGGUCAAGCUUCCAGAGAAGCAGUUGACAAGCUGAACACCAAGGUGGCAGAACUUUCAGCUGAUAUUGCCGACCUGGACCAAUACGGUAGAAGGCUAAACCUAGAAAUACAUGGGCUGAAAGUGGAAGGAAACUCAGCACAAGAAAAUCUUGCAGAGGUGCUACAGAAGGUGGCCAAAGACAUCCAUGUGGACUACCAGCCUUCCCAAGUUCAUCAGGCACAUCGUCUACAACCUCGUAAAGACUGCAACCCACCCACCAUCAUCGUCCAAUUCUAUUCAAAGACUAUAAGAGACAAGUGGCUGCACAGUGGGAGAAAAGCAAAAAUCAGCGGAGUUUAUUUCAACGAGAGUCUUUCGGGUUAUCAUAGGCUGUUACUCAAAGACGCUAAGCUAAGAGCCAGAAAACAUGGCUACGCUUUUGUUUGGUUUAGUGGCGGGAGAGUAUUGGUGAAAAAGGGAGAAACCAGUCAAAAAGUUCUGGUCAUCAAGUCUAGAGACGACCUAAAAAAGAUAAACUAG